GAGUCUAGGUUGGAGGGAUGUAGAACUAUGGUAGUUAAAGAGGGGGAGAGAAAGAAAGAGAUUCAAUGGAUUUUGCCCAGUACACUUGCAAGGUUUCCAAGAAGAUCCAGCAGGACAAGGAGAGAGGAGAUGAGGAAGGGGUAGCAUGGUCCAUUCGGGUUGGAUGUACCAAAAUAAGUGACCACAAAGGGCGAUGUGGCUCAAGGGAACCGGGCAGGGAUUUCACACAAGACCGCUGUUGUGUAGGGAGAGAGCGGCGGACAUCUAGGUGAUGCAUGCGGGGUCAGUGAUGCACCAAGACGAGUGUGGUGGAUUCCAGCAACCCGCCGCUGCAGAGAGCGAAGCCCGCUAGCUUAACGCCGGCCGAGAUGGCGCAUGGAUAGCGGAUCCCUUCAUACUACAAAACAUGACCAAGCGUUUAUAACAAAACCGGCAGUUUAGGAGCUAAACUAAGGAAUUCGAUGCUUGCACUAGCAGGAAGAAUACAAACCCGCAUUUCCAUUGAGACUCCGAGGCUUCUGGAUGAGAAAGGAUGCCAUCUCCAUAAAACCUAUCAUACAUAGCUAACGGAGAGGGCCAGCUUGCGUUUUUUCCACCAUACUAGAUUGGUUUGAGUAGGCCGGUUGUGAUUCGUGAACCACAAGCUGUAACGAUGUUGGUGAGAUGCCACCGGAGCAAGCUGUCGGUGUGGGCGGUUCUGUGUGUGCUCGUGUUAUGCUGGCUCUACAUUUUCCCAGUGUACAGACUCCGGAGCGACAAGGAGAUAGUUGAUGAAGUGCUGCGGCAGGGACAAGUAUGGCAGAGGAACCAGACGGACAUCGAUCUGUUCAGGAAGCUGCUUUCAGAGUGCUGUGACCCAAGGAGAAUGUUUGCGGUGACCAAGCAGAAUUCACCUAUGGGGAAGGUCCUGUGGUACGAUGGAGAGUUUUACCACUCACACACAGUCAACAAUGAGACCUACUCUCUCUUUGUGCAGGAGACACCUCUUCAGCGUCCCCUCAAAAAGUGUUCGGUGGUGGGCAAUGGAGGGGUCCUGAAGCACAGCGGCUGUGGGAAGGACAUUGACCAGGCUGACUUUGUCAUGCGGUGCAACCUUCCACCACUGUCUAGGGAGUAUGUUGAGGAUGUGGGGACCAGAACCAACCUGGUGACAGCCAACCCCAGCAUCAUUGAGAAGAGGUUCCAGAACCUUCUUUGGUCGCGGAAAAGCUUUGUGGAGAGCAUGAAGGCCUACGGCUCCAGCUACAUUUACAUGCCAGCCUUCUCCAUGAAGCCGGGCACCGACCCCUCCCUGCGGGCACACUACGCCCUUGCCGACACCUCGUCCAACCUCACCAUGCUGUUUGCCAACCCCGAGUUUCUCAGGACCGUGGGAAAGUUCUGGAAGGGUCGCGGAGUGCAUGCCAAGCGCCUGUCCACAGGCCUCUUCCUGGUCAGCCUGGCGCUGGGGCUGUGUGAGGAGGUGACUGCCUACGGCUUCUGGCCAUUCAGCGUUGGGCUUGACGAGCAGCCCGUCAGCCACCACUACUACGAUAACGUGCUGCCGUUCAGCGGGUUCCACGCCAUGCCUGAGGAGUUUGUCCAGCUCUGGCAGUUGCACAAGAGCGGCACACUGCGUAUGAGGGUGGGACACUGCCCACCUCGGGAAGGGGCUAUAUAAGACUCAAGGGACCCUCCCCUAAUAAAUCUUCCCUUCCUUUCGCUUACAACCCUCCAGCCCCUGCGAUCGUCCCCAGCAAACCACCUGCAAACCACCCCCUUUUCUCCACCAUUAGCAUGAUAAUGUAACCCAUGGUUACCCACCCAGCCGAGAAAGCCCCCACACACCCUCUCUCUCUAUCCUGCCCUCCAUCCACUCUCACUAUGUGUGUGUUUGUGUGCGUGCGUGUGUGUUUGUGUGUGUGUGUGUGUGAGUGCAGAGAGGAGGUCUACUAACGGUCUCAGCUGGGGCUGGAGGAUUCUUUGUGUGUUGACUACUCAAUGUGACAUAGGGAGCAGCUGGGCCCAAUGCCCCCACUGAGUCUUUGUUAAACAGAGACAGAAGGAACAAUCCUAACCAAGAGGUUUUCAUAGAAGUCUUAAGAGAACAGACUGAAAGACUUGAAACACAGAAGGAAAAAGGAAAGGAGGAACCCAGAUGUCCUGGUACCAAGGUGUCCUGGUACCUAGAUGUCCUGGUACCAAGGUGUCCUGGUACCUAGAUGUCCUGGUACCUAGAUGUCCUGGUACUAGGCUAUGAGUGUCCUGGUACCUAGAUGUCCUGGUACUAGGCUAUGAGUGUCCUGGUACCUAGAUGUCCUGGUACUAGGCUAUGAGUGUCCUGGUACCUAGAUGUCCUGGUACUAGGCUAUGAGUGUCCUGGUACCAAGGUGUCCUGGUAUUAGGCUAUGAGUGUCCUGGUACCAAGGUGUCCUGGUACUAGGCUUGUAUGAGAGCAGACUAAAAGGGAGAAUGAAAGAGGUCUUGGUACCUUGCUCAUUCGAAGGAGUUUGUUAUUUUUUGUCUUGAACAAAAACCCUUCAUGGACAUCUUAAGCAACCAAUCAGCAUUGAGGUUCAAAGUAGGAUCCAAUAGAAAAGGAGAGUGAAGCACGAUAUCAAGCUCCUAGAAUGUUCCAUUUUACAGCCAAGCUGAACAGAUCCCUGUUCACUAAAAGGGAAGCCAAGAACAUUGCAGUGUUUGAUAUAUCCGUAUGUUAAUUUAUAUUUGUUAAUCAUGACUUUAAUUAUACAUGUUUUUCAUUUUAUAUAGGUCGAUGUUCUACGUUGAUUUAGUAAUGUUACGAUUGAGAGCUGAGUAUGUAUUUAAAUCUUUUCACAAAAAUCCACUGCAGAGAAAAAGAUGUGAGCUUUACAAAUCAUGACCUCAUCUGUGUGUGUUCAUCGAGAGGUUGUGGCCUUGAAGGUUCACCCCCCGUUCACGCUACGAGUGCUUAUUGGUAUGGUCCACUUACAAACACACUCCAUUGACAAGCUACCAUAUCUUUCACUCUUGACUGAGUGAUGACAACACUACAUGUUUCUGUUCAGGUGCCAGACACCUGCUCACAUUGAACUUGAACAUUCAUACUCUUCUUCAUCACCAUCGUCAUCGUCCUCGCCAUCAUCAGUGUGUGUCUGAAUGUCAGGUCAGUGACCUGAACUUUGCUGUCCUGCAUUUAUUUCUAGGUGUUUUUUUUCUGUCAUUCAUAACAGGGUUGGGAUCAAUUGCAUUUAAAAUCAGUCAAUUCAGGAAGUAAACUGAUAUUCCAAUUGAAAUGGAAUUGACUCCAACCCUGAUCCGUAUACACAUACAAGGGAUUGAACAUAUGAUGUGUAGUAGGUGCUAGUUCUUCUGUCCUUCUGUCAUCAUCACCAAACAGUUGAGACAGUGGAAGAGGGCUGGCCCUUUAGGUUUUACAUGGACUCCUGUCUUGAAUGUUGGUAUGAUACGUUUAAACGUUGUUACUGUCAUUGAUACUUUGGUUGUUCAAAUGUGACCAGUACCAUAUCAUGUCAUGGGCCAAUCUAGGUCCACAUGGGUCAUGCACGGAGUCUAGCACCAACACUGAAACAACAUUUAAACAACGUUUGGACUAACCUACAGGUACAGAACAGAUCAUGUGAAUUAUGAGGUUUCUUCAAACCCAUAUCUACUGUAUAAUGCAAGGUUUUUGUGCCUUCAGAAUUCACCAAGGCAAAGGGAAAUGCUAGACAUUACUGUAUGCUAUCUUUAGAAUGACAUGUUCCCUUGUCCCCCUUUUGAAGCUGAUUUCCACAAUCACAAUGUGACACUGCGAUAUCAUAGAAUAAUAUAGUACUACAGUAGAGAGGAGCAUGUAGGGAGGUGGUAAUACAGUAGUAUGAAUUAUUUGAGCCAUUUGAAUGUUUGAAGUAUUUCAAGUGUGCAUCUGAAAUGGCACCCUAAUCCCUAUGUAGUGUAUUACUUGUGACCAUAACCCAUAGGGUGCACUACAUCAGGAAUAGGGUACCAUUUCUGACGGUACCAAGUCAAAAUGACCCCCUUGACCUCUAUAUGAAAACCAUUUGACUAAGGAAACAAGUCCAGAGUCUUAGAUUGAGCUGGUUGUUGUUGGACCAAGUCAGUUAAUGAUAAACCAAACCUGUUUAAAGUCUCUUCAUUGCCAGUCUUGAUGAAAACUUGUGCUCUCUUCCAACCAGGAAUUGAACUGUUGAUCAUUUUUAAAAACGAAUGUGAUUAAAUUGAUGACACGUAUUUGCACCUUCGGGCCCACUUUACUUGGAUAGUCUGGAUAGUCCAUCUGUAGAUGGUCUUACUUACUAUCAACAAACUAUCUGUGGAGAAGCAACUGAUUGCUAAGGUUAGGGUAAAGGUUAGGGCUAGGGUAAGGCUUAGUAGAUAGUUAGUUGACAUGUUAUCCAAAUAAAGUGUUCUCACCGUCUGGUUCCUCUGCCCAGUAUUGUGAAUGAGAAAUCUUUUACUGUGUCAUUUGCAGUAAGCAUGACUGUGACUCUGUAUGUGUUUUGGGGUUCUGACUUUCAAACUCAUUCUGUCCAUUAUUUUGUGAAGCGCCAUAUUGGGUUGAUUAUGCCCAAAAGGAAAUAGCGCAAAUUGUACCUCAAUAUCGGUUUUGCUGGCAAUCCCUUUUAGCCUUAGUAUGGGUACCAGUCAUUUGCCAAAGGACAGAAGUGGCAAGGAGUGGAAUGUUAGCUAAAAAUACUGGUACUCAGUCUAUAAUAGCCUACUCUGGGGUUGAAUUGUGACGUAAUGCAAACACGAUGUGACGUUCUCAGCUACACAGUGUGUGAGUGCGUGUGAGCGAAUCCUACUUCCUGUGUCAUGAAUAAGAUGACAUCUAGUUAACGAGGGCUUCUGCACAGUGGUUCUUUGAAUCUUUCCUACGUAUAUGUAGAUGUGUUUUUAGUGUGUGCCAUUACCAGGUUCAUUUGGACAAUAGAUAUAAAUGUGUUUUCUUUGCUUUGCCUUGAAUUUGUUUUGGAAAAAUACUUUGGAAAGGAAAAAAGCAGUGAGGUUUUUACAUUAUUAAACUGUUAAUGUGUAUUCAAACCUUGUGUCAAUCACCUUACGUCAGCUCAAUGCUGUUUUUGGCGAGAGUACCCUGCCUGAGCAUGUUCGAAUACAGGAAGUCAAAAUGAAGGACUGAAAUGUGUUUUAUGUGCCACCUGGACUAUGCCAAGAAAAUCAUUGCAUCCGAAUAAGAGGUAACACUGGUAUCCAAUAAAUAAAGUCAUAAUAUUGAAGCA